AUGAUUCAUGUCAAAUGGGACCGGGAGACCCUGCAUUUUCCAGUGCCUCCUCCGGAGACCAAACUGGGAAAACUAAGAGCAGACCUAGCAGAAUAUACCCACCUCCCUCUCGGAUCCUUCAAGCUCAUCCACGCUGGAGCUGUGAUGAAGGAUGAUUCCGCGCCACUAACAGCUUAUAAAAUACGCGAGAACUCUACUAUUGCGCUGAUCGGCGGUCAUUCACUUCCAUCAGCGUCAACGCCUGCACCGUCAUCCAGACCACAACCAAACACCAUCACUGCUAUCCGAACCGAGCUCGAUCGUGUACGGACAACGCUGGUACCAGACGUUAACGCGUUAGUCGGCGCCCUUGCUCCAUCUGUAGCCACAACCGUGACAUCCCACACGUCUGCUCCAACACCCGCAUCAGGAAGUGUACCAACGCAGUCAUUUAACUCCACUCCUCAUCCUACGUCAUCGAAACCCACUUCAUCAGAUCACACGCGUUUAUCGGAACUUUUGCUGCAGUCGUUGUUGCGUCUUGAUGCUAUGCAUCUGGCGGGAUCGGAUUGGCCUGAGGCUCGAGCGGAGCGGAAAGCUGCUGUUCGUGAGGUUCAGGGAGUGCUUGACCGGUUGGAUGAGGCUUGGUCGGCGCGGUGA